GCGGCGCACUGUAGCUGUCACACUGGAGUACACAAUCGAGACCUAACUGUUUCUUAUCACUGAAUGAAUGUGUAUUUUAAUGUUACGAUUCUUUUUCGGUCGUAAAAGAUCAAAAUGCAAUUUAACGUCAUAAUAUCGCUUCAAUGUUCAUGAAUUACAUGUCAUUGAGCUGGUAGACAUGAUGUCGCUAUUUAGACCCCACGGGCUCUUUCUGCCCUUUAUUAAACGCUUUACAGAUAUUAAAGUAUGCCGCGUUAAACGCAGGUUUCAGGGCUGUACCUAUAACAUUACAGUAUUCAGACACAGGUGGAUAAAGAGCCUCGGUUCUGUCAGAGACUUCAGCUCAUCUGCGACAGAGAAGGAGACCUUCGACAUGUCACGGUUUCCUGCGGAGAGAAUUCGAAACUUCAGCAUCAUUGCUCACAUUGAUCACGGCAAGAGCACUUUAGCAGACCGUCUGCUGGAGAUGACAGGAGCCAUUGCAAAGACGGCAAGCAACAAGCAGGUCCUGGAUAAACUGCAGGUGGAGAGAGAACGAGGAAUCACCGUUAAAGCUCAGACCGCUUCCCUUUUCUACCAGCACCUAGGACAGACUUACCUGCUCAAUCUCAUCGACACACCGGGCCAUGUUGACUUCAGCUAUGAAGUAUCACGGUCUAUAUCCGCAUGCCAAGGAGUUCUGCUUAUUGUAGAUGCAAAUCAGGGAAUUCAAGCUCAAACGGUUGCCAACUUCUACCUGGCAUUUGAGGCUCAACUUGCAAUCAUCCCUGUGAUAAACAAGAUUGAUUUGAAAAAUGCUGAUCCGGAGCGAGUGGAGAAGCAGAUCGAAACAGUCUUUGAUAUUCCAAAGGAAGAGUGCAUCAGGAUUUCUGCAAAACUGGGUACAAAUGUGGAGCAAGUUCUCCUAGAGGUGGUCAAGCGGAUUCCUCCUCCAGCAGUGAGAGUGGAGGAUCCAUUUAAAGGCCUUGUCUUUGACUCCACCUUCGACCAUUACAGAGGAGUCGUGGCCAACAUCGCUCUGUUCGGUGGACGGGUCUCCAGAGGAGACAGAAUUGUUUCUGCCCACCUGGGAAAGUCGUUUGAGGUCAAUGAGCUGGGCAUCCUGAGACCCGACCAACACCCCACAGAAACACUGUAUGCCGGGCAGGUGGGUUAUGUGAUCGCAGGGAUGAAGGAAGUGAAGGAGGCCCAGAUCGGAGACACUCUUUACCUCCAUAAACAGCCAGUGGAGGCGCUUCCUGGGUUCAAACCAGCCAAACCCAUGGUGUUUGCAGGCAUGUAUCCCAUGGACCAAUCAGAAUACACAGCCUUGCGCAGCGCUUUGGAGAAACUGACGCUCAAUGAUUCCAGUGUGAGCAUUCAGAAAGACAGCAGUCUGGCUCUGGGGGCCGGAUGGAGGCUGGGAUUUCUGGGUUUGCUGCACAUGGAGGUGUUUAACCAGCGUUUAGAGCAGGAGUACAAUGCAUCGGUGAUAAUAACAGCACCGACUGUACCGUACAAGGCCGUGCUGGCAUCUGCCAAACUCAUAAAGGAAUAUGGAGAGGAAGUGAUCACCAUCAUCAACCCUGCUCAGUUCCCUGAUAAGUCAAAGGUGCUGGAGUAUCUAGAACCCAUGGUGACGGGAACCAUCAUCGCUCCGGACGACUUCACUGGGAAGAUCAUGACUCUGUGUCAGGGUCGCAGGGGCAUUCAGAAGAACAUGGUCUACAUUGAUGACCAUCGGGUGAUGAUGAAGUACGUUUUCCCUCUAAAUGAGAUCGUGGUAGACUUUUACGACCAGCUCAAGUCCAUGUCAUCAGGAUACGCCAGUUUUGAUUAUGAGGAUGCUGGUUAUGAGGCCGCUGAUUUGAUCAAGAUGGACUUUCUACUCAACGGGCAACCAGUGGAGGAACUCGCUGUUAUCGUUCAUAAAGAUAAAGCAUACAGUUCGGGCAAAGCCAUAUGUGAAAGACUGAGCGAAUCCAUUCCCAGACAGAUGUUUGAGAUCGCAGUGCAGGCCGCCAUCGGCAGCAAGAUCAUCGCUCGAGAAACGAUCAAAGCUUUCCGAAAGAAUGUUCUAGCAAAAUGUUACGGCGGUGACAUUACACGAAAAAUGAAACUACUCAAGAAGCAAGCUGAGGGAAAGAAGAAAAUGCGGCGUGUUGGAAACAUCGACGUCCCAAAAGACGCUUUCAUCAGUGUUCUAAAGCGGAAGUAGUUCAUAAUCAUAAGACAUUAAAACUUCAGCAUGUUCAUGUCCGUAAAUCAAACCUGUGGACAGAAUGGGGAGUGAUUUAGAAACGCUAUUAACGUUCAUAUAACUAAGUGUUGUUAUUCUGGGAACCCACAGCAGGUUUUGAUGGAUUAAUCUUCAUGGUGGAAACAACACUGCAGUACUCGCAGGAGCAGAUUCAGAGACUGCAAGCUAAGGGUUUUCACUGGAGUCGUUCAGACUGAGCGAACGCAGAAGUCAUUGGCAGAACUCCUUUUCUUUGAAAACAUUUAUUUUAUUUCCGUCAACUGCUGGGGGAGUUGCUGUGAAUGUAAAGCUGAACACGGUCCAGCUUGGGUUUGUUGAAAUGUUUCUGAGUGUUUGAGCAAUACGUGCUGCUUUUAAAUGAAUAGUUCACCCAAAACAUGAGAAUGAACUCACUCACACUACCCUUUAAA